GGUAUAAAAAUACAUAAAAAAUAAAAAUGGAUGAACUGGACCAUGGAGCAUUGUUUUUAGCUCAUAGGAUUGGUGGUGAAGACAAUUUGGUGGUUCCUGCCAGAAAUGCUCCUUGCAGCCAGAAGUACAAACCUGUUGACUACAAACAUUUGUAUGAACUCGCUGCAGAGGCAAAAAUGGCCUCUGCACAAAUUCAGUUAAAGAUUAAAAAAGCAGAGCAAGUUUCAAAAAUCAGCAGAGAGCAAAUGCUGCUGAAACAGCAUCGUCAGGUGUGGUGGCAAGAGUAUAAAAGACUGAGUGAGAGCAGGCAAAAAGCAGAAGAAGAAAUGAAGACUUUUCUUGAUGAAGAAAGCAAUAAGAACAACUUCUUUUUCGAUUUGAGGGAAUUGGAGCAGAAACUGUCCAAGGAGUGGGACACUUAUCAAACAAACACUUUAGUUCCUGUCUGGCAGCUCAAGGAGGAUCUGAAACUCAAGCUGUCUCAAGUGCAGCGUUACCUCUCAAAAGAAUCUUGUCAGAAACCCAAGAUCAAUUCAGCUGAGGUGCUACAGCAGAUCAAAUUUAUGAAGAAUCAACAGAAGGCAAUUUUGGAAGGUCUCAUCCUUGAAAGUCUGGCUUUGGAAAGGGAGCUCGAAGAGUGCAAAGAAAAUGCAUUGGAGCACUCUCCUGAAGAUAAAAACGGGCUUUUCCUUGAAGUUCCUCCCGAGCUGGUGUCUCUGGAGUGCCCCUACCCUGACCUGCAGGCCUUGGUGGUGGAGGAGUACCAGGAGCUCGCCCGCGGCUACGGCGCCAAGCUGCAGCAGGUGGAUCAGCAGCUGGAGGCUCUGUGCAGGAACAGUGACUGGAAGGAAGAAGAUCAGUGGGUUUUCCAGACUGUUAUCAAUCAGUACCCAAGCGAUCUGCAGAGGAGGAGGACUUUGUACCUGGAUAUGCUGCAGAGGCACCUUCCCCACAAAUCCAGGCAGGAGCUGGUAGCUCACGAGAAGGCUCGGGAUCACUACCUCUCCAUCAGGAGCCAGCGCAGAGCCCUGCUGUCAGCCUGGGCUCAGCUCAGGAGAGCCUUUGUCCUCAGGGCCCUGGCUGCUGCUGCUGAGGCUGCUGCUGCUCACGAGGCACAGCUGCUGCUGGCUGACUCCAGGCAAAAGCAGCUGGACAUCUGUGCUGAUCUGAAAGCAAAGGUUCUACAGUGGAAAGCACAGCAGGAAGAAGCUGCUAAACUAGAAGCUGCUGUAGCUGCCAGAAGAAAAGAAAAGGAAGAUGAGAGAGAAAGGCUGCAGAGAGAACAGGAAACCAUCCGUAGAGCUCAGGAUAAAGAGAAACUGAAAAAAUACUGGGCUGAGAAAGAGCUCAAGUGGCAAGAACAGGAGGAGAGAGAUCUACAACAACUGGAGGAAUUGAGAAAAUUAAUGGCUGAACAAGCAGCCAAAGACAGAGAAAGGGUGCGGUUCCGACGGGCCCUGCUGGAGAGGCGGCGGCUGCAGAAGAAGGAGCUGGCCCUGCUCCAGGCCCGGCAGCAGCAGCGCAAGGAGAAGCGCCUGGAAGCGCUCCGGCAGCAGGUUGCCAUUGUUGCAGAAUUAGAUCCUGCCAGAGCAGUGGCUGACACGGUGGCGUCGAAAGCUCGGAUGGGCAUUGGAGCCAACGAGGAGGUUGAGCUGCAGCAGCCCCUGUUCAGGCUGCACACCUACAGCGAGGAGCAGGUCAUUUCUGACCCCAGGCUCCGUGUUGAGCUCGCUCUCCGAGAAGCUGGACUGCAUAAAACACUUUAUGCGAGAGAGGUUUUGUCAAAACUUCCACCACCGAAGCUUCCAAGAAGAGACACGGAAUCUACAGCUUUUAAAAUGUAGAGCACGUCCCAUGAGAGGGGCAGAGCAGCACCAGGGCUCUGGUCUGGCCCACGAUAUGCAAGCCCUAAAUUCCCUUUGGCUGCCCUAGAACUGCUCAGGUCCCUGGCCAUGCAGCCAUUCUCAAGCACUUGAGCCUUUCUGAGCUGGGAGCACCACGCUACACCUGCCCUGUGUGGGUCUGGAGAGGCUGGGCUGUGUGCUGUUUGUGGCAUUGCCCGUGUCCCUUUGACUGCGAGCAGGGACACCGUGCUCAAGGAGUCCUGCACACAGCCCAGGCCAAUCUGAUGUGCAGCAUCUUGAGUAGCAAUUACUGGGAUUUAAUUGGCAGCAGAAUCCAAAAUAGCUUAGCACAGCAGUUACUUUAGAUUUUAUUAUGUUACAUGAAUAAAUCCCACAAUUUUCUUUCCAGGUUUCUUGAGAAUUUGAUUUUUUUAGUUAUAAAAUCUUCAUUGCCAUGAAUGUUUCUAAUAUUCCUUGAUUAUGAUGAAACAUAAACCUUUGUCUAUAUUUAGAAGGCAACUUGCUGCAUCAUAUUUACUGCAAACCAUUCAUUCAAUUUCAUAUUGCAGUUUAGUUUUUCAUAUAAAUUAUAAAUAGAGCUGGGAUCUUUAUUUUCUGGUGUGACAGACUCCUGAGAGUGAGCACAGGGUCAGCCCAGAAGCAGCAUAAUCCCAGUGUUGCAGCUGAGUUUAGUGGGGAAAUGCUGCAGAGCCUGCCCUGAGCUGGGGCAGUGAUGUCUUCUGGACUCAGCCUUGGUGUGCUUGUGCUAAAAUUACAAUUCUGUGAAUAUUUGUGCUUUUUAUUUUGGUAUCUCCUUUGGGGAAACUCGUUAUUUUUAAAACACACUUGGACACCUCACAGCCGGCUAUUCCUGUGGGGAUAUUCCCUGGAUAUUCCUGUGGGGAGACCAGCAAUUCCCAGAAAGGCAUCAUCCCAAACCUAGGCAAUUGAUUUUUUUUUCCCCUUGCCUUUUAAAGGCAAUCUACAAGUUAAAAAAAAUUGCACCACUGAAUUUGAGAUUAUAGUUAUCAUAUUUUAUAAAUACCAAGAUGUUAAUGAAAAAGAAAGUUUAAAGGGAACAGAUAUUGGUUUUUGAAAUAGUGGGCACAGAUUUUUAGGCUGAGACUUGUGGUUGCUUCCACAUCCUUAAUGUCUCAGGGUAGAGACUGAGUAGAAGUCUAUAGAAGUCUGGGCUACCUCAGUGCAACGGUAAGUCGGGGCCUUUAGUGAUACAGUGAGGCCAGAAGGAUUUUUGGGGGGGUUUCACAAAAUAGUGGAGCAUGGAGAACACGCAGGGCAGUAAAAGGGUGUUUCACACAGCUGCUCAUGCCAGGAGAGCUCUGCAGACCCCUUGGCUGGUCACAAAGACGGAUUAAUUUUCAUGUUAUUUACUUGAGUUUUGUCUUUACUCCUUCCUGGAAGAUCGCUGCGGACAGGAGUGACCCUAGCAGGACAGUCCUUUACGGCGGCUGGAGGCAGGAGUGAGGAGUCUGCAGCUCUGUUCCACAGCCUG